GAGACCUGUCAGGAAAUAUCCCAUCUCCCCAAAAUCGGAAACUACUCCGUCCACAGCUCAUGCUCAAUGCAGUAGGCGAUACAGAACUUCAGCUUCGAAGAAAUCGGCCCCAACUCACAGACGGUUUGGCACCUUGCUGCACCUGGCAUGUCUUCGUCUCAGCUAGGCGGGCGGCUCGCCUUUCACGAUGCAUUGGAUUUUGUGGAGCUCGGGCCUGCCCACGGCCGCACCGCCAACGAAGGAUCUACCAAGCGCUACAUGAGCGUACGGCCUGCAUGGAUAACAGGCGCUGACCUGCCCUUUGACCGCAAGGACUACGGGCCUGGCCGGCCUGUGCCUUUCAAUGGUACUGCAACCUACGGAGGACAUGUUUACGCGCAAUCUGGGCUGGUUGCGGCAAAGUGCUUUGAAGAAAGCCAGGCGAGGUCAGACGAGGAUGCUCCCAAAAAACAGUAUGGCAUUCAUACCGUGCAUGGCUACUUUGCCGAAGCCGGAGCCGCGGAUAGGCCCUUCAUUUAUGAGGUUCAGGUUUUGGCCACCAACGCCGGCUUCCAUAACUUGAUUGUGACCGUUCGGCAGCCCACAAGGCCCAGUACUGACUUGAGUCGCGGCGUCUUUCCCCUCGAAGAUUCGAGGUUACCUCUAGGCCCCGUCUGCUUCACCGCUCUGGUAUCAUUCAGGCCGGCAGGCGUAUCGCAAGCAAAGCUCCAGGAAGAACCCGCGCAGAAACGAUUCCACGACAUCCUCAGCUCGAGACCGCCGCCAGCGUGGGAUCCCGUUCCUUUGUCCGACAUCGAUAGUGUUAACGCCCAACUUCCCACGCCCGAAGUCGGCACGUUCCCUGGGCUUCAUAUGCACAAGGUCGACAUGCGGGAGUACAACAAGGGGAAGCCUCUACACGAGCGGCGUGAGCUACUCCUGUACCGACUCCUCGCGCCGCUGCCGCAGUCUGCAGGCUCGAGCAUGCACAUCAUGUGCCACGCCUUCGAGGCCGAUCGCAACAGCCUAUUCAUGCUGGGCAACCAUGCCGGCUUCGGCUUCGACUUUGGGAGAGCGGCCAGUCUGAGCUACUCAUUUGUAGUGCACGUGAAUCCGGAAGACGCGGUCAUGAAGUACGGCGAGGACGAGUGGUGGAUUCAGGAGGUCUGCUUUCCCAGGCUCGAAGCUGGAAGGGGCAUAGUGAUGAGCAAGCUGUGGAGUCCGGCGGGCGUACACAUUGCGACAGAGUAUCAGGACGGGAUCAUCAGGAGGCAGUGGAGGGAAGGUGAGCGCCAAGGCAAAUUAUAAGGGUGUAUCUCUGAAUGACAAUUAGCGAGCGAGAGUCUUGAUCACAAACAAAGUCAGCAUAAUGAGUUUCACAGGUUACAAUCUUCUGACAGUCUCGUCUGAUCCAUCCGUGUCGUCAUUGCUGCCAGAGGGGCUGUAGAAUG